AUGAAGAGUGUGUGGAUAAACGGAUUGCAACGCUGGCAUGCCAUGCGUGCUGAGCGACAUUUAUCGAUUGGUCAUCUGCUUGUGAUAACGGCUAUAGAAGGCGCUGGCUGCAGCGUGCCGAAGCCGGGUGCGGAGCAGCCCUCAGACGAGCAUCGGUCGAGCAGCUUUCAAGCCCAACAGCAGCGUCAUAACCAGUCCAUUCAAGAGGGCGAUCUCAGACCGUCCGUCAUGGCAUCUGCUACGCCUGUUGUUCAGGAUACAGGGGCCAACCGGUGCCAGGCGGACGGCUGCAUGGCUGACUUGUCCGGGUUGCGGCGCUAUUUCCGGCGCUACCACGUGUGUGAGACACACAUUCGAUCUCAGGUCGUCCAUAUCGGCGGACGCGAAGUCCGGUUCUGUGACCAGUGCAGCACGUUUCAUCCCUUGGCUUUUUUUGAUGGAGUGCGCAGGACGUGUCGUGAUAAGUUGGAGCAAAACCGGAUGAAGCGCCGCGCUCGCAAGCAGCAGAAUGCAAACCAUGCGGGCGCUAUAACGGCUGCAGCUUUGGCUGGGGCAGCUGCGGCCGCAUCCGGCAAUAAUAACGGCGGUGGCGGCCGGUCCGACGAUGUUGACUCGGACGACCAGCCAGCCAACGGCGGCGGUCCAGCCGCCGCCGCCGGCGGUGACGACGCAGGUCCUGCGGUUCGAGCGCAGGGUGGGCACAGUUUGGCACGGAAGCGGCAAAGCGGUACCUUGGCGCAGGGCGCACGGCGGCUGCAGCCCUCUGCGCGAAGCGUUGCCGCACCAGACGUUACAAAGGCGGUCAAGGUGCAGCGCGCGACUACCGGGCAGUUGGGGGCUGCCAGAGCGGAGGUGUGGUCACCGGAAUCUGCGGACGAGGAGCCGGACAUGCAGACACCCGGUCCUGGGGACGCUGGAGGCGGGCACCACGAAGAUGCAGAUUGGGGCGCGGCGGAUAUGAUGACGAGGGAGGCGGAGAUGGGGCUCGGCGGCGCUCUUGGCGCCACGCUGGCGGCGGCUGACGGUCGUGACACGGGCUUUGGUCCUGCAGCCGCAACUGCAACCGCAACCGCCAAGCGUGGCCGGCCUUGGGAUCCGGUCGGCCUAGCUCCGGACUGGCCGCGUGUCAACCAUCAGGACCUGCGUGACCAGGAACAGCUGCAGGUGGCCUAUGGCGCAGUUCGUGACGGGGCCAUGUACUCCCCGCGCGGCCAGCUGCAUGGCCACCUGGGGCAGCAGGGCCCGCAAGUGCAAGUGCAAGUGCGCGCUCAAACUGUGAAGGUGCAGCCGCUACAGUUGGUGCCUCCGCUGUCGCAGCACCAACAGCAGCACCAGCACCAACAGCACCAACAGCAUCAACAACGUCUGCCUAUGAGUGAGUGGGAAAUGGAGACGGGUGGCGUCAUCGCGCUGGAGCGGCUGCCACAGGGAGCAGUGCAGGGGACGUGGCGGCUGCACGGCGGCAGCGCACCUAACCUGCCACAAGACAGCCAUGCGUUGCCUGACAAGUCCAUGCACGACGGCGGCAUGAGGCUCGCGGCCGUCGGUGGCCCCACGAACAAUGGAGGUUACCAAGUCCACGUGCGGACACCCCACGCAGCAAACGGCGCUGGUUAUCCGGCACCGAACACCCUGGGCGACCCGGGUUGUGCACGUGAUGGCCGCGUCGGUCUACCAAGUAGGGUGGCCGACCAGUUAAUUACGUACAAAGUCGAUGGAGAGGGGGCGCCAGCUGUGACGUUAUUGGCCCAGAUCCUUCGCACGGAGCCAGAGUUCCGGCAGCAGCUGCCACGAACCAGCCAGGCUGGCCCCGAGCCGAUGUCACCUCCAAAGAUUACGUUGCACAACGGCGGCGGCAGCGGUAGCGCUGACAUGCUGGCAGGGGCAGCCGAAGGCUUGACCCCUGCUCAACAAGCGGCCCUCAGGCUGAAGCUAGACGCGGGUCUGCUGGCCUCGCCGCCGAACGCGACGACGGCGGCGCCGCAGCCACAGCCGCCGUCGUCGGUGUCGGCAUCGGCAGUUCCUGGUCCAAACAUGCCCAAGCAAUGGGCGCAAGUGCAGGAUGACGCACCGUUACAGCAGCAACGGCACCACCACCAGCCUCUGGUGCGGCAUGAGCUCCCAGGCUACGGAACCUCGAGGCCAGGUGGCCAGGCCGCCACCGUGUGGGCGGGCAACGGUGCGGCCCCGCAGGGGUCCGUGUGGGUCACCCCGGACGGGACGCGAUUCGGGGCCCCGCUUGCCGCGUAUCCCGCACCCGUUGGGCUGGGGCCCCAGGCAGUGCUUAUCGAUCGGCGCAUAUCGGCCGGGUCCUCCGUUUACACGGCGGAUGAGGAAGCUGCGCUGGCGAUGGAGGACGUGACCAGUCUGCAGAUGGAGGCUGAGCGGGCGGCUAUUGGUACGCACAAUGACGCGCUGCAGCAGCCCAUCGAGGAGGCGCCGUCGCUUCUGGACACGCCAUCGUUUAGGGACGGCAUCGCCCGCGACAAUGCCGAUGCCCAAAUGUGGGAGGCACGGCGGGAGCUACAGAAGCAGCAGCAACAGGUGCAAAUCGUGAACGUCUUUGGCAAGCUUUGCGAUGAGCAGCGGCCUGUCUACCUGCCGAGCGCGUUUCGCAUGCAUGUCCCAGAAGAUCUGGACGCGGACUCGGACUACCUUCAGCCCCAGCCCCAGCAUGCUGGCAUUGCCGCGGGCGCGAGGGCGUCAGGCCGGGGCCCGGUGGCUGCGGUUGGCCGGCCGGCGCCCUUAGGUGGAAUUGGCGGCGGCGGCGGACAGCGUCCGCCGUCCCCUGCGCCGCCGCAGCCGCAUUCCUGGGCUGGGGCAAGUUCUGGUUGGAGGUACUCGAACGGUGACAGUGGCGGAGCACCGGCGAUGCUUGAAGCGCAGCCGCAACAGCAAUCGGCAUCAGCCAUCGGUUACGGCACCCAGCAGCACAUGCAGCAGCUUGGCGACAGCCUUGCCGGCGUGGCUCCAAGUGACCAGGAGCUCAUCCUCAGCACGUUACGGAAAUUCGCAGCCCAUCCGCCCCGUGCCGUAAAAACGGCAGGCGGGGCCCACCAGCAGCAGCAGCAGCAGCCGGAUUCAAUGGGCCUGUCGCCAUCCAUGCCGCAGGGCAGGGGGCCCCAGGACCGCGGCGGUGACUCGGGUUCCGGCGGCAGCAGCGGCUGCGGCGGCACGCUGCACAUGCUGAGGGCCGAGGAGGGCCGAGCGACGCAGCAACAAUCAUAUAUGCAGCAACAGCAACAGCGGCAACCACCACCACCACAACAACAACCACAGCAGCCUGCACAUAAUGCAGCAGCAGGGGGAGAACAACUAAACUUGAGGCGGGAGUCAUCGUACAACGACAACAUAAACGGCGGCCCAGGCAGCGCAGAGGGCCUUCAGCAGGUGCUGGCAAGCGAAGGGCUACAAUCCAUGGACUCGCUGGCGAUAUCCGAAGCCCUUCUGGACGGCCGUGGCAGUCUGCAGCUCCUGGAUAGCGUGGUAUUCGCGCAGGCACAGGACGCUUGGGUGAACACGGACACGAACCCGGCGGCAGCCUCUGGGGCGGAUUGCGGUCCGGCGGCCAUGCAAGGGGGCCCUCCAACCCCGCCGCCACACGGCAGCGACGGCUUCACCUUUGGCCAGGGUGGCCGGGUCGCUGGGGAGGGCGAGAGGUGGAUGGGCUCCACAUCCGACAGCCAGGUCCACGCCAGGUCCUGGCAACAGCAGGGCGCCGCAGCCGGGGAAGGUUUCAGCGGUGAGGAAUGGGUCGAACUGCCUGGUGGCGGACCCGGCAUGCGAGUGUGGGAGCGACAUCAGGAACAGCAGCAUCGGCAUGUGCAGCAACAUGAGAGGGGGCCAUCUCACGGCGGCAUGUUUCCUGCCACGGAACGACGUCCGCAGCAUCAGCAGCAGCAGCAACAGCAGCAGGGCUACCGGCCCCAGUCAUGGAACGAGCGGCAUCAUCAUCAUCAUCAUCAGCAGCAGCAGCAGCAACAGCAGGAAGGCCUGAGGGAUGGAUGCCGGCCCGGCCACGCGCUGUACACAUCGCCGUAUGACAUAAACAGGCCGCUGUUCGGCGGGCGUGUUACCGCUGAGGGCAGCGGCGGCGGCGGCGGCGGGCAGACCUUGUCGCAUGUGGCCUUGAAGCUAAGCCAUGCGCGCCCGGAUAGCCUCCCGAUGGAGUUGGUGGAGCGGAUGCAGGAGGCGGCGCGCGGCGGGGGAGCUGCGGUCCUGCCGGCCACUCUCCGGGAAGGAUGUGUAGAGGUGCUGGUGGAAGUGAUGCACAGCUGCCCUACCUCCCAGCUAUGCAACAAGCUGUUUGGCUUCCCGGAAGCUUCUGGAGGCGCGAGCUCCGCUCUCGACCUGGAGCUGGACUCCGCGCUGGCGACUGCGUCCGGCGAGCAGCUGCGCGCGUGGGUGGGACCCCACGUCUUCGACUCCUGUGAGCGCGUUACGAUGCAGCUGUUGCGCGGCCCGGUUCUGGACUGCAAGCCAGGUGCUCCGCCGAAGUUGCGGCGGUGGGAGGCUGCCAUGCAGGAUGCCGGGCUGGGCUUUGCAGCUCACUGGCCCGAAGUACUGAUGCUUUGCUCGGGACCGCCAGUGCUGGUGGCAGACGCAGUUAAUGCGCAGCAGAUCCAGCUAUACGGCCCUGCUGAGCUCGCGAGCCCGCAGGGCGUCGUGCAGCUAUGCGUCCGCAUGGCAGGAGGUGCAGGCUCUCUAGGCACGGUGGAAGCGGUUGCCGUCGAUCCAGAGGACGGGUCCUCUGCUCCCAUUCCGGCAGAUCAAGCCUCAACAGCAGCACCAGCAGCGGUUGCCGAAGGCUGGCUGCAGCCCACGACCUCCACGACCUCCUGCUGGGCCGCAGCGCGCCGCUCCCCAUCGCCGCCAGUUUGGCCCCUAGCAGGUCCUCUGUCUGGGUUGAAAGCGCCGGUGCCAGGCGCGACGUCGCCGGCUCUAUUCCGCACCGUCAACGCGUCCGCUGGUGCGACGAACAGGCUGGCCGACCUCGUAGCCAUGGCGCCGCGGCCUACAGAGCAGCUGAAGGCGAGUCCUAGCCUAGCGACAGGCCCCUGCCCGUUCUACUGCUUCGCUGUGGAGGAGGUUUCUGAGGCGGAGGGUCCAUCAUCCUUGGGGAUGUCGAGUCGUGAGCUGUGCGUCAGGAAAGGGACGCCGCCUGCUGCUGGCAGCGCGCCAGGCUGUACCAAGGGGACCGUCUCCGAAACCACGGAGCACCCGCGCAGCUGCUUCCUCACCGCACCUCUACCGUCAUCUCUUCCCCCGUCGCCCCCUGUGGCGCAGCAGCGGCAGCACCGCCAUCAGCCAGGGUGCCUAUAUAAUACGAUUGCUACCGCCGCUGCUACGGUAGCGCGACAGCCAUUCUCGCAGCUCCUGUUACAGCAGCGGGAGCAGCCGAGGCAACAGCUGCAGCUCUGCUGCCGUCCGCCCACGUUCCACUGCAGGUCGAAGUCCGACGACGGGUGCAUGACGCUCUGCGGGAGCAACGACUCUGGCGGUCGACAUGCCGGCAGCCCUUCUCCGCGCGUCCCUGCGCUGGCGUCCAAGGGCGAGAGCCUUGGACGCCAUUCAACUCCCUCUGCUGCGUCGCAUGUGUGUGCGGGGCAGCCGUAUGGCGGCGGCGGUGCACCGCUGGUUUCCGUGACCUCUGCGACGACAGGUCUCGUCCAUUGCCUGGGGCCCCUGUCGCGGCGCGUAAGUCUCUGCAGCUCCGCAACCCUGACCACAGCGAUGACGCUGCAUGACAGGCUGAGCUGCCGCAGCUCCGCAACAACGGCUUUUACGCUCGGUACGACAGCGACAUUGUAUGACAGGCUCAGCCUUCGCAGCGAAUGGAGUUGGACGAGCAACAUGACGAGCUUCGGUGGCAUGACGGCCGGUGCGGCCUGCGGCGGCGGCGGCAUCAAUGACGGUGGGGUCGGCGGAGCGGCGCCGUACAGCCGUACCAAUGAGCCGCAGGUUUCGGAGCCUACAUACUCUGUCGGAGCCUCGUUUGGCUGCACCGAUCAGUCCCUUGGGCCGGCGCACUGCGCAAGGACCGCGAGGGACGAUAGCAAGCUGGAAGAGGAGAACGAGCUCAUGGUGUCGACGCCGCGGCGUGUGGCCGGCCCGCCGGCCAGCUGCUCCUCGCCGAGGGCGGUCACUGCUGCGUCAGUGGCUGCUCAGCCGUACAGCAGCAACAGCAGCGACGAUGCCUCCCGCAGCGGUGGCUGCUGCUUGCGCACCGGUCGCCUGUUGGACAGCGCCAUGGUCGGUCUACGGCCGCUGCGACUGCAGCUACCGGUGUUGCCCUGCGCGGGGCUGGCGCUGUUGGAGGCCACGGGCGGCCAUGCGGUGGCAGCUUCCUGGCCAUUGCUGGUGGUGGAGACGGUGUCGCAGCGGAAUGAGCUGUUGGCGCUGUGGCGGGAGCUGGCCGAUGCGGGCCGGGAGGACGUCUGGCGCGAACUGGCGGCGGACCUCGGCCUUGUGCUGGGCAACCUACCGCGUCGCGCAAGCGUGUGUGAUGAGCCUGACCCUUAUCUGCGCAGUGUCCCCGCCGCCGCUGCAGCCGACAGGGCAUUCAGCAGUAGUGCAUUGGGCAGCGGUGAGGAUUUCGGGUUCGGCGGGCACGGAGCCAGUGCAGCAGUGGCGCCGUUACGGUGGCGGUCCCUGGGGACACCGGACCGUGCGCGUGACCUCCUCCCUGGCUGCUACCUUAACAGCGGCAGCCUUGUUUCCAUCGAGUCGGCGUCCCAGGAGUCUUGGGGUACGGCUUCUGCAACGCCUCGGUUGGCAACCGCAGGGCAGGCAGUCAACACCGGGCCCGUUUCCUGCAUGGCGACGUUGGUGCACCAACGCAGCAGCAGCAGUAGCGACGGCGACGGCAGCGGCAGCGACGUUAGCCGCGUCGGCCUACCGGGCUCGGCCACCAGCGGCGCCAGUGGGGACAGUGGUACCAGUGCUGUGUGUGUCGCUGACCAGCACACGGGCGCGGGUUUGGUAGCUGCUGCCACAGCCGCUGCUGGGGUUGGCGCGGUGUACCUAGCCGCCGGCGCACCGGCGCGUUCCCGCGAUGGCCCAGAUGCUGCGACUGUUGAUGGCUCUCAUGCAGUCCGGGGUGCCGGUGCCGCCGCCGGCGCACCUGUGUCCGCGUUCAGCAGUCACAUGGCGACCACGAGCUUUGGGGUUGGUGUGGUUGGUGUUGGUGGUGUGGAAGAAGCGCAGGAGGAGGGGGAGGGGAAGGGGGAGCAGCUGCAGCUUCCAGCCGUCGGCCGUACGUGCAUGCUGCAGCGUGGUGAUGAGGUAUCGCUGGCGUCAGGGCUGGCUGUUAUCCGUGGGGGUUGUUGCGACUGCGAUGGCGAGGACGACCUUCACAUAGCCUCGUUGACCAGCUUCCUGGGGGAUUUGCGGAUGACGGCCGGACGUCGCGAAUCGAGCUCAGACGGGCGCGGGCGUGACGAUGACGCGGCUGCGCGUCGGGAAGGUCCCGGAUUAGGUGACGGCAGGCGCAGCAACAGCAGCAGCCAAGAAAGCGCGUCAGUGUUGGCGGCAGUGGAGUCGGGGACGAGGGCAGAGACCGGUGACGUGGCUGUCGGCAAGGGGGAGCAGCGAAAAAUUGGCACGGCUCCGAAAGAGGUGCCUGGGCCGCCAGGGUUGGCACUGCCGUCGCCAUCGCCGUCGCUGCCGGUGCCGCCGCUGGCGGCGGUGGGGUUGUCAGCCGAGGCCAGGUUGGCGCUGCAGGCGGCGGUUUCCCGCGUGAGGAGGUGCAUUGACGCGAGGAGGCUACCGGCGCUGUGGGAGCUGCUCUCCAGGGUGGCUGUGGAUGCGCGAACCGGAGGUAAUACGGAGGAGGAGGAGAGCACGUCGGAGUUUAGCCAUAUGACGAUAAUGCUGACCGUGGUGUUGCUGUUGGAGUGGGGGGGGCGGGCCCGGCCCGGACGGCCGGCCGAGUUCGAGGGCCGCUUGGAGUGGGCGGAGCGGGAGCGGACUCUAGCGGCAAGGAGUUAA